GUGUGUGCAGACAACAAUAACAAUAACGCUGCUUAUCGCCAAAUCAGUUGCUAACUUGUGCAUGUGUGCAGAAGUGGCGCAGUUUUUGUUAAAUUUGUGCAAAAAAUCAUGAAAUUAAGUGUUACAUACACGAACAAAACGAAAGUGUUACGCAGACAGUUCUUCUUGGUCUUGUAAUUGACGCAGCAACAACAACAACAACAACAAUAAAAGCAAAACCAUUUACCUUGACGUCAUUUUUUUUUUUGAGACGACAAAAACGCCAAAAACGUAUUUGUUGCUGUUGUUGCUUGCUUUGGUUUGGUGGCUGGCCGUGCUUGGCACGAAGCAAACGAACGUUUUUAAUCAAAACUUGUUGUUGUUAUUAUUCUCGCUGGGGUUUAUACAGUGCGUAAAAAACGUCUGGCGGCGACCGCUAAAAGAGCGAGUGUAAAAAUUUGCAUUAAUGCAGCACCACGAUGUCGCAUUAAUGAAUGAGUUUGUAAACAACAACACCAACAACAAAAGGCAAAAGUGCGGUGGCAAGAAAACUAAUUGCAAAAACAAACACAAUUAACCGUGAAAAUAAGCGCGAAAGAAGCGAGCACAAAAACAUCACAAUGGUUUAUUAUAUACCAAUGUUCGGACGUACUGACCCGCCGGAUAAAAUUAUAACAAAGGAGAAAAGUAUGGUCUGCCUGCAGGACGAGUUUGGUCACCUGGGACUAGCUGCCACAGAUCUGCCUUUUAAAACAGCUGACCUUGAUUCUUCGGCACCGCAGCACCACAACAACUAUGCGGAGAUCACGGACAGCAGUGCGGAGAACACGUGCCAGCAACGCUGGCCACCACAUGCGGGUGGUGGUGGGUUGGCCAGUGCCUUUGGGCAUCCGGACAAGCCCAUCGGCUGGAUGUAUGGCCUGCUGGGCUGCAUGAAGCCUGUGCUAUCCUUUAUAGGCAAGGCGGGUGUUAUCGAAGUGAAGAACCAGCGCGCCGAAGACUGGGAAAUACCCUUUGAGUCCAUUACGGAUCUGGAAUGGUUGGGCAGCGGUGCCCAAGGCGCGGUCUUCAGUGGCAAGUUAAAGAACGAAAUUGUGGCUGUCAAGAAAGUGAAGGAACUGAAGGAAACGGACAUCAAGCACUUGCGUAAGCUGGAUCAUGAGAAUAUUAUCAAAUUCAAAGGCGUUUGCACCCAAUCGCCCGUAUUUUGCAUCAUCAUGGAGUUCUGUCCGUAUGGCCCGCUGCAGAACAUACUGAAGGAGGAGCAGGUCAUGUUGCCGUCCCGUUUGGUCUCUUGGUCCAAACAAAUAGCGCUGGGCAUGCAAUAUUUGCACUCGCAUAAGAUCAUACACAGAGAUCUGAAAAGUCCCAACAUACUGAUUAGUACAAACGAAGUGGUGAAGAUCAGCGACUUUGGCACCAGUCGCGAAUGGAAUGAGAUUAGCACUAAGAUGAGCUUCGCGGGCACUGUCGCCUGGAUGGCGCCGGAGGUCAUUCGGAACGAGCCCUGCUCCGAGAAGGUCGACAUUUGGUCGUAUGGCGUGGUACUCUGGGAAAUGCUCACCUGUGAAAUACCCUACAAGGAUGUCGACUCAUCGGCCAUUAUUUGGGGCGUGGGCAACAACUCGCUCAAGCUGCUGGUGCCCAGCACCUGUCCCGAGGGAUUCAAGCUGCUCGUUAAGCUCUGCUGGAAGAGUAAGCCACGCAAUCGGCCCUCGUUCCGGCAAAUACUCAGCCAUCUGGACAUUGCCGGGCCGGAGUUGUUGCGCAAAACAGAAAAGCAAUAUUUCGAGACGCAAAAGUCUUGGAAGGAGGAGGUGCGCUGCCAUCUCAAGGAGAUCACACAGAAUGGCACCAGCAUACACAAAUACGAGCAGGAUUUGAUCAAGCGACGCACCGCCGAGUGGCGUCACGCCCAGGACAUUCGCAUGGUCUACGAGGACAAGCUGCAGAAGACAAAUCAAUUGUUUUUCGAGCUAAGCGAAUGCAUGACACAGCUGCAGGAGAAGGAGAAGGAAAUUGCCGAGCGGGAACGCAAAUUGCCCGGUUCCGGCUACAAGCCCACGCGGCGUUUGGGCAACACACUCAGGAAAAUGCAACAUUAUCGACGACGACUGAAUGCGCCACCAGCACAACAAAUCCAACUACAGCAAUCCUCAACGCCCGAUCCCGAGACCACGCCAGAGAGUCCCGUCAAGUGUGUGCUGUAUGCGCAACUGGAUGGCAAUUGCCAGCCAAAAUCCUAUUGUGCUGUGGGCACCAGUCUUGUCGUCGGCGGCAGCAUGUCCAAUAAAAAUAAGAAGACUUGGCGUCAUCGACGCAAUGGCUCUGGUUCCUUUGCCGCCCCGCCCAAGUACAGUCCUACGCGCGAUCGUCGCUAUCAGAGCGAGCCUGAGAAUCGCAAGGUUCAAUUGAUCGAGCGGCAAACUCAAACGGAUGCCAUGGAUGUCAGUGAAACGGAUAUAAGUCCCAGCGCUGAGCAUCCAACUGAUGUGCCGCCUCCCAAUCAUCGCCAGCUGCCGAUACAGCUUCAACGCGUCCAACAGCUGGCUGCCGCAAUGGCGCAGGCUAAGGUUCAGGGUAGCCAGGUUCCAGGCAGCAGCGACAGCAACUCAACGCCAGCCAAUGCCGCUUGUCCAUCGAAUGGCAACUCGCUGAGCAACAGCGAGCUGACCUAUCAGGAUGCCUGCUCCAGCCCCGAUCAGCUCAUUGACGACGUGAUGAACAGCAACGAACGCCUAGACAUAACUGAGUGUUACAGCGACAAUGAAAAUCUCGAGCGUUUGGGCCGCAAAGUCAUCGAAUUCAUCAACGAGAACCGCCUUUCCAUACAAUCAAAUGCCACUGAAAAUGGUAAUGGCGGAAGCGGUGGCAGUGGACACACCACAACGGCGCCGGAGCUGCGUGAUGUGGGUGUGAACAGCAGUCCCUGCCUGAGUCGCUGCAGCAGCACGCAGAGCAGAAGACAGACUAGGCAGCAGCUGGCGGAGAAUACGACAGUGAGCACCAGCAAUGCCAAUGGAGAUUCCUUGCAAGAACCUUUGGGUGAGGAUAGCUGGUCAGAUGAGGAGGGUGAAGAUACCGACUAUAAUUACGCGCUCCGCAGAAGAAGCAUUGGACGUCUGCCCAUUGGACGCGGCAUGCGGCCGAGACGCAGCUAUAAGGCGCCCUUGUCCCAAAAGAUUGCCAUACAUAAGCGCAACGUGGUCAUCGUAUCCGAUGAGGAGAACACCUCCGAAUACAGUCAUUCGCCCUCGAGCCAACACUCAACGCUAGAAAGUAAUACGGAUGUGCCGGCAGCUUUGAAGCAGACACAACAACAACAACAGCAACUCAAAAACGCAACCAACAGUUCCAGCGAGGCCGAAUCAAGUGACUCCAGCGAAGAGGAACUGGAUGUGGAGGAUGCGACCAAGCCGAAAACUGCGGCAACCGCUUCAGCGUUACCCAUGGGCGCCACACGCAGCAGCGAUAUUAUAUCCAUACCGACAUUUGAGGCUGAUGGCGCAGUUAAUAUGGUUUAACCUAGUUACGCAUAGCCUAAGUGAAUGCUCCUACAACAAUUAACCGAAAUCAACUAUCUCUCUAUAUACUCAAAAAACCCCCCCAAAAAACUGUAUGGUAUUAUCUAUGUCAUAUGUCAUACAUAUAUGUAUCUUCAUGUCCGAUAUCUGUGUGCAUCGUCCCUUUAGUUUAUAUAAUAUGGAAAACAAAUUGAAGCGUUGAUCGCUUCAUUUUAUGUUAUUCCAUAACCUCAGUCUUAACCUCCAUGUUCACUUUAAGGGUUUGGGGCAAACUUACCUAUUUGUUUGGAUGCAAUUCCUAUGCUGAACGUUUAUGAUUUAUGUUUUGUUUAAUUCUGUAUUCGGUAGGCUGCCUUUGUAAUAUAUUUUUUUUAAAAAUGCCGUAAUUGUACAUUUAAUUUAGUCAUUAGGUAGAUUUCAAUCUUAAGAGCUUAACCGCAACACGCUCCCAACUACAAAAAAACAAAACAAAAACCAACAAAACAAAACAAAAUCAAACCAAAACAGAAACAAAAAAAAUGUAAUAGAGUUGGCCUCAGGCAAUAUAUAGGAAAAAGUGAAAUAUAUAUGUGUAACGCAAAAUAGUCAGGGAUAUUUUUUAUAUAACGAAAUUUGCUAAGAGAUCGAGGAAAAUGUUUUUUAAAGAAGCGCAUAAUAUAAUUUUGUAGCUCGCAUUGGAAUUACUUCAAAAACACAUUUGAAGCAAUUCCAUUUCCGGUACUUACUUUUUCGAUAUGCACAAAAUUCAAAGCUUCAGUGCCUUAAAGCAAAUAUUUGAGAAUCGACAAAAACAAAAACAACAAAAAAAAUAAAAAUAAAAAAAAACAACUAUAUAGUAAAAAUAUAGUUUGAAAAUCUGUAAAAUAGCUGAUGACCGCGGCUAUGACGUGGAACAUGUGCGCUUUUAUAUUCCUCCCACUCUAUAAAAAGAACUAUUAAACAUUUGCAAUAAUAGAUCCCAUAAAUUGUCCGCUUUAUUGAAAUUCAAAAUGAUUCCAAUCAAAAGCGCACAUCACGCUGCAUACAAAAGAAAAUCUAUAUAUACAUACAUAUAUUAUUAAAAAAUAAAAACGAAUUACAAAUUUAAAAUAUUUCUAUAUACACUCAAUAAUAUACACACUAUAUAUUUACACACUAGUUGGAUGUUUAGCUAUCAUAAGAUGCGUCGCAUGCAAACAUUUCCCUACAUUAUGUAAAUUCCAUAUUAAGUUUAAAUUUAACGACUCAUACGAAUUAGCUGUAAUCUUAAUUAAAACCAAAACCGAAAAAAGUAA